AUGAUAAAUAUUUUUACUGCCCUGAACUAUACAGAGGAGAGGCAGGUUCAAUUUGUUGUGUUCCAGUUUGAGGGGCCAGCUAGGGCCUGGUGGAAUGUAGUAAGGGCUAAAUGGGAGAGAGAAGGAACUGCUUGGACUUGGCUAAAUUUUGUACGAGAUUUUAACGAGAAAUAUCUUCCUUCUAUCGUCCAAGAGAAGCGAGAGGACGAUUUCAUUAAACUUCGUCAAGGAAUGAUGAGUGUAACUGAGAAAGUGCGGAGAUUUGUGCAAGGGUUAAAUGUGGAAUUACAAGAAGCCUUAGCGGCAGCUCAGAUCAAUACGUUUACGGAGGUCUUGGAAAAGGCCCAAAGGAUAGAAACUGCUAGGACACACGUGAGGAAUUUCCACGCCAAACGAAAAGGGGGAUCUAGUGGAGCCCAAGGGUCUGUGCGGAGUGAUCAAAACGCACCACCUGCCAAGUCUGGUCAUGGGGCUGGAGGUGGACGGUUUUCGAGUGCGUCUAGGGGAGACGCUCCGCGAGGAGGUACUCAGAGGGGAGGUGCCCAGAGGGGAGGUCAAGGUGGUAGAGGACAAGGUACAGGAAUUCCGCAGGGUGGUCAGACCUCUACUUCCCGAGUGACGUGUGGGUAUUGUGGGAAACCGAACCAUACUGAAGAUGAAUGUUGGAGAAAGGCUCGGAAGUGCCUAAGGUGUGGAAGUACGGAGCACCAGAUAGUCAACUGUCCGUUGAUCAGUGAUACCCAGUCGACUGCCAGGUCAAACCCAAAGCCGACCAAUGCUGGAGGGGCUAGGUCGAGGGUUCCGGCUAGAGUAUAUUCACUGGACCAACAAUCCGUGCCUGGACCAACAGAGGUGGUAGAAGGAGAAAAGAUUAAGUUGGAAGACAUGCCAGUAAUCAGUGAAUUCUCGGAUGUAUUUCCGGAAGAGUUGGAGUCUCUGCCGCCCGAAAGGGAGAUUGAAUUUAAGGUUGAUUUAGUACCCGGAACCACUCCCAUCUCUAAAACUCCUUAUCGUAUGGCACCUGCUGAGCUUAAGGAGUUGAAGGUGCAAUUGCAGGACUUGCUAGAACGAGGGUUUAUUCAUGAGAGCGAGUCCCCGUGGGGAGCUCCAGUGUUAUUUGUUAAGAAGAAGGACGGGAGUUUAAGUGUGGCGUUUCUAGGUCACAUAAUUUCAAAAGAUGGCCUUGCUGUAGACCCGGCGAAGGUGGAAGCUGUGGCUAAAUGGAAGCGGCCAGAAAAUCCUACAGAGGUUCGAAGUUUUCUAGGCUUAGUAGGGUACUACCGCAGAUUUAUAAAGAAUUUCUCGAGAAUUGCAGGACCCUUGACUAACUUGACUAAGAAACAGGGAAAGUAUAUUUGGGAUGUUAAGUGUGAAAGUAGUUUCCAAGAGCUUAAGAAACAAUUAACUGUGGCUCCAGUUUUAGCUUUGCCCAGUGGGAGUGAUAGUUAUACGGUUUAUACCGAUGCAUCGAAAGAAGGGCUAGGAUGUGUGUUGAUGCAGAAUAGGAAUGUGAUUGCUUAUGCUUCUCGAAAAUUAAAACCUCAUGAGCAGAAUUAUCCGACCCAUCAUUUGGAGCUUGCAGCGGUAGUAUUCGCUUUGAAGAAAUGGCGACAUUAUCUUUAUGGUGUAACUUUCGAGGUUUUACGGAUCAUAAGAGCCUUAACAGAUGCUUUAAGCCGGAAAACUCAACUAGCAAGUUCCUUAGUGAGAGAGUGGAGCCUGUUGGAGGAUGUCUGUGAGUGGAAACCUCAUUUGAAACCGAAGAGGGUUAUUUUUGGAAAUAUUGAGGUGAAGUCGGCAUUGAUGGAACGAAUCAAAGAGGGCCAAGUAAAGGACCCAAUGGUACAAAAGUGGGUAGAAAAGGUGGAAAAAGGGGAGUUACCCAAUUUCAAUCUAAGUCCUGAUAGAAUCUUAAAGUUUCGAAUUCGUGUCGUGGUACCUAGGGAUGAGGAAUUGAAAAGGGAGAUUUUGGAGGAAUCACAUUGCUCUAGGUAUACGGUGCACCCAGGGAAUAAUAAGAUGUACCGAGAUCUUAGAAGUCUGUAUUGGUGGGAGAAUAUGAAGGCGGAGAUUGCCUAG